UCUUUUUUUUUCUUUCCUCCUACUCUACUGUCUACCCUUUUCAGAUUAUUGUGUUGUCAGCAUGGACUCGGAUUUUAUAGAACGUUUGACAGAGGAUUUGACAGCGGAGGAAGAUGAGGUGAUCAUGGUUCGGUCGGAGCAUCGUGAGAAAACUCUAGAAGAGUGGUCCCUCAGUUUGCUAGGAUGGUUUCACACGACCAAACUCAUCAACUUUAGAGCUGCGGAAAACCAUCUACGCUCUGCAUGGAAGAUGGAGGGGAACGAUCUAAAAAUUACAGAUGUUGGGGAUGGACUGUUUCGGUUUAAAUUCUCGAUGGAAAGCCAAUUGAAGUGGGUUAUUAACAAUGGUCCUUGGAGUUUCCAUAAUCAUAUCCUAUUACUGCGAAGGUGGGAGAAAGGAAUGACGGCCUUUUCGGUUAACUUCCAAACUGUUCCGAUGUGGGUGCAAGUGUGGGGACUACCCUUCGAUCUGAUAAACAAGGAAGUAGGGAUAGAUAUUGGACAAGGAAUUGGUAGAGUCAUUGAGGUAGAUUGGAAAGCCAUUGCCUCAGACCAGGCAAGGUUUCUCCGGGUCAGAGUUGACGUGCCCUUAGACAAGCCGAUACGCCGGGGAGCCCCAGUACUCAGUCCGGAAGGUGAUAAGGUUCGGGUGGCUUUCCAGUACGAACGGCUAUGUGGUCUGUGCUUCCAUUGUGGCCUCCUUGGUCAUGAGGCAAAAGCAUGCAAGACCACGAAACUGAAGGUGGGGGAGGAGAGUCCUUAUGGCGAAUGGCUGCGAGCGAUUGAGGAUGGAAACCCGAACAGUCACGGCAUCGAUGGUGCAGAAACGGAACCCCUGCAGAAUUUUAAUUCGGGUAACGGACACUCCUAUCAUUCAACGACAGUAAUUGAGAAAGGAAAUUCGGAAAUUAUGGAGGCUGUUGAACGCACUGAAAUUAUGGAGGAUGAUGGGAAAAAUCCCGAAAAUUAAUUAUGUAAGGCCUCUAAUUUCUAAUGAAGAACCAGGCAUGGCUACACGUAAAUUGAUGUGGAUUUGGGAUGGAGCAAAAGCAAAAUUUGAUUUCAUUGAGAUAUUUCUGUUUCUAGUGAAGGGGCUAAUUCAACCUCCCAAGAGUAACAAUCCCACAGAAGGAAACAAGGAGCAGAUGGAGGAAAAAUUUAGAUCAUCAUUGCUUCUCUCUGUUGUGAUCCUCCUAAUUGCGGUUGUGGCUCGAGUCCAAAAUGCUAGAAUCACCAUAACUUCAGCAAAAGAACGCAAGAACAAACCACAUUAUUUGAUCAACAGGGAGGUACCAUUGGUUAAUGAGCACCUAUUAAGUUUCAGCCUUUUUUCCCCCUCUAUAUUGUAUAUGUUGGAAAACAGUAAUGUUUCCAAAUAAGGUCUUG